AUGGCUAGAAGUAUUAACCAAUCAAAGCGAAAGUCUCGUGGUAAAAGCUUAAAGGAUAGAAUCGUCUCUACACAGGAAAUGGGGAAUGAAUCUGGUUGGUCUGAUUCUUGGGGCGAUAGUCAAGCUACCACCAACAAAAAUAAUAGAAAUAGGAGGCACGAAAACAAAAAUGAGAAGGAAGGUUAUAGAGUUGUGAAGGGAAAAUUGGUUAGUGCCAAUGAUGUAGGAGCUUUGUUAAGAGAAGCAGCUGAUAAAGUUGAAGAAAGGAAGCAAAAGAAGGCAAACAAGAUACUUGGACGUAAUAGUCCGGUGAAUAUAAGUAGGUCUAGCCGUGCAGGGGUAAACCAAAAUAACAGGAGAAGAAAUAGAGCCAAUAUAAAUAAACGUAAUAGUGCAGUUGUGCAUCAUUUUCCUAAUGAUGAAUCAAUUAUUGCCCAUCCAGGUGUGAUAGAUUUAAACCAGCAACCAGACGUGGAAAGAAGGACCAAUCAACUUAUUAUCUCUACUAACACAGACGCUUCGAAUAAGCUGUUGGUUUUGUACAAUUUAACGUUAGGCGUCAAUGCUGAAAACUUAAAGAAGAUUUUACAAAGAUUAGCAAACGUUGCAAUUUCACAUGUCAAAGUUAGGGAUUUACCAUCUGGUUCGGCAAUAGCUAAUGUUUGGUUAGCCCACCCCACCAUGGCGGACUUGCAAAAAGUCAGAAAUUUAUUCCACGGUUCUUUAGUUGACGGUAGAACUAUUCAAGUUUCAAUCUCAUCUUCUGAAACAAAGAGUUUUUCGUAUUAG